AUGUCGUCACCCGCGCGAGCACCACCCUCAGCAGUGCCGCCUGGUGCGGGCAUGCUACCUCCCGGUCCUGGACCUUCACGACAACGCUCUCUAAAGGACCGUCUCAAGGAGGGAAUCACUGGACCCUUCCAUUGGCAAAUUCAAAGUACUCGUUAUACACGGAAUCCUUAUAAUUUUGUCAUAACUGCCCAUGUCUAUGUCACAGCAAUUUUACUCAAAGCUGAUAUAGAACUGUUUGGUAUCGGUCAA